CGAUAUUGCGCCUGAUCAGAGCGUUGCUUUUCGGCAAUGGGGCAGGCUCGUGAGUUGGUGUGCCGAAGUCGUUGUGAUCGAUCUUCUCCGGCGGACACGUUUGGUGAUCGCUGGCAUUACGAGAAGCGGCAGCGAGCAAGUUCCCAGCGAUGGUAUGCAUAAUACCCGGACCUAACGGUAGGCCCAGACUAUGGUGUUUUCUGUUUGAACGCCACUCUCUUCGUUACACUACAACUCCUACCUCAUCAAUCGAUGUCAGCUUGGUGAUACCCCCCCACAGAGAGCCACCUUCCUCGCAUUGCGAUCAGUAUUCUUUUGUCGUUUUAAAUACCCCACACUCCAUUUACAGCUAUUUGUUCACUUCCUUCGUAUACCCCGUCGCGCAACAUGGCCACAGUUAUAGAGACCCAGGCUGUUCAACAAAAGAAGAGUGUCGAAUUCCCACCAACACCGCCAGAGACAAUUAUUGAUGGUGAAGAUACAAAGUCUGUCACGUCGAUAAGUGACGGCAAGGAGCAGCUCGAUUUUCCAUUACCACCACCGUCGACUACACCCACACAGGUAUUAGAUGUUGACAAGCCAACACCAGACUCACACGUAGCAAGAGACUCUCGGUUAAUACGGCUCACGGGUGUGCAUCCUUUCAACUGCGAAGCACCUCUGACCGAGCUGUUUAAGGAAGGUUUCUUGACGUCUCCCGAGCUGUUCUAUGUGCGAAAUCAUGGUCCGGUACCAGAAGUUCGGGAAGAAGACAUACCUGACUGGGAAUUCUCCGUAGAAGGCCUUGUUGCCAACCCAUUGAAGAUAACGCUCAAGGAAUUAUUAUCCGACUAUGAGAAUGUGACAUACCCCAUCACACUGGUUUGUGCGGGCAACAGAAGAAAGGAGCAGAAUGUCGUCCGCAAGUCGAAAGGAUUCUCAUGGGGUCCGGCGGGCGUAUCGACAGCGCUGUUCACUGGUGUGGUCAUGAAAGAUAUCCUAGAAAGAGCGAAGCCCUUGAGGAAAGCACGUUACGUGUGUAUGGAGGGUGCGGACAAGUUGCCCAAUGGCUAUUACGGCACUUCCGUCAAGCUCAAUUGGGCUAUGGAUCCUAACCGUGGCAUCAUGCUUGCACACGGAAUGAAUGGAGAGCCCCUGACACCAGAUCACGGGAAGCCGCUUCGAGUAGUGAUACCAGGGCAGAUAGGCGGUCGCAGUGUGAAGUGGUUGAAGAAGCUGAUCAUAACUGCUGAGCCGAGCGACAACUGGUAUCACAUCUACGAUAACAGAGUGCUUCCCACAAUGGUCGAUCCAGACGAGGCGGCAAAGAACAAGAACUGGUGGACGGACGAACGCUAUGCCAUUUACGAUCUGAGCCCAAAUUCAGCUACUGCUGUCCCAGCACACGACGAGAAGCUCGAACUAGCUACAGCGCCGGAGUACUACACAGUGCAAGGGUAUGCGUACAGCGGCGGUGGUCGACGCAUCACCCGCGUGCAGAUCUCUCUCGACCAAGGCAAGAGCUGGAGACUCGGCAACAUUGAGUAUGCGGAAGACAAGUACCGUGCUUUCCAAGAUAAGGAACUCUUUGGUGGGCGACUAGACAUGGACUGGAGAGAAACUUGUUUCUGCUGGUGCUUCUGGAAGCUCAACAUACUAGUCGAAGAGCUGAAAGAGGCAAAGGAUAUUGUCGUCAGAGCGAUGGAUGAGAGCAUGAAUGUCCAGCCAAGAGACAUGUACUGGUCUGUACUUGGUAUGAUGAACAACCCUUGGUUCCGCGUUGUCGUCCACAAUGAGGACGGUAUACUGCGCUUCGAGCACCCUACUCAGCCAGCGCUUAUUCCUGGAGGCUGGAUGGACCGUAUCAAGAAGACUGGUGGCAAUCUGACAAACGGGUACUGGGGCGAGAAGAUUGAAGGCGAGAAGAAAGACGCCGUCGAAGCGGAAGCUCCAAAAGAGAUCAAAAUGACGAAGGACGGAUUGAAAAAGGAAAUCACGAUCGAGGAGUUUAGGGAACACAACAAUCCCGAAACCCCAUGGUUCGUCGUAAACGGGGAGGUCUAUGAUGGAACGCCGUUCCUGGAUGGUCAUCCCGGCGGAGCUCAAAGCAUCAUCAGUGCAGCUGGCCUUGAUAGCACUGAUGAGUUCAUGGCAAUCCACAGCGAGACCGCAAAAGCAAUGAUGCCAGACUAUCACAUCGGCACCCUCGACCCAGCUGCUCAGCGCAUCCUUGCCGAGGGCGAACCUGUCACUGAAUCUGCGGAACCCCGUCCCGUCUUCCUCGACUCCCGCGCCUGGACCAAAUCCCUCCUUCAAUCCAAGACCACCGUCUCCUGGGACACCCGUGUCUUCACCUUCAAACUCGAGCACGAGGACCAAACCCUCGGUCUCCCGACAGGCCAACACCUCAUGAUCCGGCUCAGAGACCCAGUAACGCGCGAGUCCAUCAUCCGCUCCUACACGCCCAUCUCCGAGACCACGAAGCGGGGCUACCUCGACGUGCUAGUCAAAGUCUACUUCGACACGAAAGACCAGCCUGGCGGGAAGAUGACGAAAGCACUAGAUGCGAUACCGGCGGGACACUUCGUCGAAAUGAAGGGACCGAUCGGGAAGUUCGAAUAUAUUGGCAAAGGGGAGUGUCUCAUCAACGGCAAACCGCGGCAUAUCAAGCGCUUCUUCAUGAUCUGCGGAGGGUCCGGGAUUACACCUAUCUUCCAGGUGCUGCGCGCUGUUAUGCAGGAUAAGCAGGAUCCUACGACGUGCGUGUUGCUUGACGGCAAUCGUCUUGUUGAGGAUAUCCUUUGUAAGGAGGACUUGGAUGUGUUUGCGAGGGAGAACACGGAUAGAUUGAAGCUAUUGUAUACGUUGACGAAAGGACCAGAAGAUUGGGCUGGAAUGAGAGGCCGGAUUGGAGCACCGCUUUUGCAGGAGCAUUGUGUAUGCCGGGCGGAUGGGGAGAGUUUGGUGCUGGUGUGUGGUCCGGAGCCGUUGGAGAAGGCUACGCAUGCAGCACUUCUGGAGCAAGGUUGGAAAGAAGAAGAUCUAUUGUUCUUCUGAGAGAGAAAAACUGUACAUUAUGGGGCUGGAGACGGACUGGACACGAAUCUCUUUGUACACAUGUAAGAGCAAUCGGCGUAUGGUGCCUGGAGUCAAGAUUCUAGCCAUUCUACCGGGACGACUUUUCGAGAAGCUUAGAAAGUACCUAAGGAUAAGGAUUUCUUGAAUUGAUAAAC